AUGAAACAGCCAUCCCACGGGCCGACGGUCAAGAGCACCUUCCUCGAGGGCGGCCGGGUGCUCAUGGUCGCACUCAACCGGCCGAAAGAGCUCAACACGAUGACCGACCAGAUGCAGGCCGACCUGGAGCGCGUGCUGGACUGGGCCGAGGAGGAGCCCUCGGUCUGGGCGAUCGUCGUCACCGGCACGCUUGCGCCUGCAUCCACGAAGGCCUUCUGCGCCGGCCAGGACCUCAAAGAGUGGCUCGCCAAGAAGGAGCACGACCAGCGCAGACGUCUGCUCGACACGCCCAACGGCUUCGGAUCCAUCUCCCGCCGCCUCUCCCGCAAGCCGCUCAUCGCUGCCGUCGACGGCCUCUGUCUCGGCGGUGGGCUGGAGCUCGUCCUCAACUGUGACCUCGUCAUCGCCACCCAACACAGCACGUUCGGGUUUCCGGAAGUCUCCAAGGGCGUCUUCGUCGCCCAGGGCGGCAUCCCCAGACUGCUGCUUCUCUGCGGCAGGACGCUGGCCUCGGAGCUGCUCUUCCUGGGCCGGCCGGUGGAUGCGCAGACGGCGCGGGACAAGUUCCGGAUCGUGAACGAGGUGGUGCCCACGACGGAGGCACUGCUCCCGGCGGUGCUCAGGAUGGCCCAGCAGAUCAUCGCUAACUCGCCCGCGGCCGUCCAGCUCACCAAGCUGGCCAUGGUCGACACCCUCCGCCGGGGCCAUCGCGGCUUCCUGGACGACGCCGCGCUCGGCACGCUGCGGGAGGAGGAGCUCGGCGACGGCAUCGAGCUCGCCACCGCUGCAGCCGUCCUCCGGGACGAGUUCGACGAGUGGGCACGCGGCCCCGACAUGCGCGAGGGGCUCCGGGCAUUUGCUGAAAAACGGAAACCCAGGUGGAGCGAUCCGGUGAAGAUCACAGAAAAGAAGAAGGCGAGCAAGCUCUAG